AUGACUGUUGACUACUCACUAUAUUUGGUGACGGAUUCCACCAUGAUCCCAAGCUCCUCCACAUUUCUCAAGCAAGUGGAGGAGGCAGUGAACAAUGGAGUGACGUUGGUACAAUUACGAGAAAAAGAGCUCUCAACCUUGGAUUUCAUUGAUAGAGCUAAAGAAGUCCACAAGUUAACCAAAGCCAAAAACAUUCCUUUAAUUAUCAAUGACAGAGUUGAUAUUGCCUUGGCUGUGGAUGCAGAAGGUGUUCAUGUUGGCCAGGACGACAUGCCAGCAACGUUAGUGAGAAAGUUACUAGGACCAAACAAGAUUGUUGGUGUAACUUGUUCCAAUCCAGAAGAAGUAAAACAGGUAGUUCGUGAGGGCGUUGCAGAUUAUGUUGGAUUAGGUACUACUUUUGCCACAAAUACUAAAAAGGACGUAAAAACCCCCGGUGGUGUUGGUCCCAUUGGCAUCAGAAAGCAGAUGUAUGAAUUGCAGUCUACCGGUAUCCAAUGUGUUGCAAUUGGAGGCAUAAAUCACUCCAAUGCUAAUAGGGUUAUACAACAGUGCCAGGUCGGCGAUACACGCCUUGAUGGAAUCGCUGUAGUCUCUUGUAUUAUGGCAAGCGAAGAUGCUGCCGAAGCGACAAGAACAUUACGCUCUGAAUUGGAAUAUACUCCAGACUGGGCAACCACAAAAUCAUUUGAUGCUAAAGUUCCAGUACACUCUAUCGUUAAGAAUAUGUCUGACCUGCAUCCAUUAGUGCAUCAUAUCACCAAUAACGUGGUCAAAAAUUUCAGUGCAAAUGUAACAUUAGCAAUUGGUGCAUCACCAAUUAUGUCAGAGUUGCCGGAGGAGUUUGAAGAGUUUGCUUCAGGUAUCCCCAACAUUGGACUUGUCAUCAACUUGGGCACUCCAAACACUGAACUUAUGAGAGUAUUCUCCAAAGGGUUGACCACUUACAACAGGUACAGUAAGCCUGUUGUGUUUGAUCCUGUUGCAUGCGGAGCUUCAAGGGCUCGACUUGAAAGCUGUAGAAAGCUUUUGAACCAAGGUUUUGUGACAGUGAUCAAGGGUAAUGUUGGAGAAAUUUUGAGCAUUUGGAAACUUACCCCUUUUUAUCAAGAAGUGGAGGAUGGCGAGAGCCAUAUGAGAGGCGUGGAUUCCAUCUCCAACGCCGGCGAAGCUGAAAUAAAGGAGAAGGGUUAUCAAGUUGCUACUACUUUCGGAUGCGUAGUAGUAAUCACAGGGGAACUAAAUUUCAUAUUAGGCAGCGACAAGAGGUCGGCAGUCGUCCGCGGGGGAAGCUCGUUGAUGGGUAGUAUAACAGGCACAGGAUGCUCUUUGGGUAGUACUAUUGCUGCGUUUUUAGCUGCAGAGAAGGCUGGUUCAAUUGUUGGAGGUGAUGUUUUCAAGUCUACCGAGGCAGCAGUGACCUUGUACAAUAGAGCCGGUGGCAUUGCUGGCCUUGAAUCACAAUAUCCUGGUUCAUUUAUGAUAAAUUUCCUCGACAAGUUGAGUCAGGUUUCUCAUGACCCUGAGCAAAAUAUUCAAUAA